AAUACACUGUGCGUAUUGUGUGUAUUGUGUGUGCUGCAAUAGUGGUCUAUUGGUUUCGCCAGCAAGAUUGACCCCAGCGCUACCCCGUAGUACCGUUUGAACGAAUCGCACGGUCGGCCGACUCGCCUUAGCUCUGGGUAUAUAUAUUCGUACGUUUUCCUGUACACUCGUAUCGGCCUCAUCGUGUACACAUCUAUACCGAGUAACACAUAGAAUCUCAAAAUGGCUACAAAUGGGUCACCCUCGAACGAUCGAAAAGUUGCCCUCAUCACAGGCAUAACAGGACAGGAUGGAUCAUAUCUAGCUGAAUUCCUGAUUGAUAAGGGCUAUACAGUCCAUGGAAUCAUGAGGAGGGCAAGUACCUUCAACACAGGACGUAUCCAACAUCUCUACAAGGAUCCCAAGACACAUCAAAGUGGAUCCAUGGUACUACAUUAUGGUGACCUGACGGACAGUACGUGCUUGGUCAAGAUUGUGAGCAAGGUCAGACCCUCGGAGAUCUACAACCUUGGUGCGCAGAGUCACGUGAAGGUAUCCUUUGAGAUGGGCGAAUACUCUGCUGACGUUGAUGGACUCGGAACCUUGAGACUCCUGGAUGCUAUCAGGACCUGUGGUUUGGACGACUCUGUUAGGUUCUACCAGGCCUCUACCAGUGAGAUGUUCGGCAAGGUUCAGGAGAUACCACAGACGGAGACCACGCCCUUCUAUCCUCGCUCCCCCUAUGGUGCGGCGAAGCUGUAUGCCUACUGGAUCACAAUCAACUUCCGAGAAGCCUACAACAUGUUUGCUUGCAACGGUAUCCUCUUCAACCAUGAGAGCCCUAGGAGAGGUGAGACAUUUGUGACGAGGAAAAUCACCAGAGCUGUUGCCAAGAUCCAUCUGGGACAGCAGGAUUCCGUGAGCCUAGGAAACAUUGAUUCUCAGCGUGAUUGGGGACACGCUAAAGACUACAUCGAGGCCAUGUGGAUGAUGCUGCAACACAAGGAGCCAGUGGACCUUGUCAUCGCAACCAACCAGGUCCACAGUGUGCGGGAGUUUGUGGUAGCUUCGUUCAAAUGCAUCGGGGUUGAGAUUGUAUGGGAAGGCAAGGGAGAACAAGAAGUUGGAAAAGACAAGGCGACGGGAGUCAUUCGAGUCAAAAUCGAUCCCAAGUUCUACAGGCCAACGGAAGUGGAAUAUUUACAAGGAGAUCCAUCAAAGGCAGAGAAACUUCUGGGAUGGAAACCCAAGUGUUCUUUUGAUGAACUUGUGAAGGAAAUGGUUGAGAGUGACAUUAAUGUCAUGAAGAAGAAUCCUACGGCUUAGCCUGCUGAAGACCACUAGGGACCCUUCUCACAAAGCCUUUUUUCGAUGACAAAUGACGACAAUCAGUGACAAAUCUGCUGAUAACCAAUCAGAAGCAAGGAUUUCACUAGCUUAUAAGAAACACUGUAAUUUGUAACUGGUGACAAGUUUUAUGAAAUGGGGCGCAGAGGAAACUGACCAGAUGGAUCAAUAAACUCAAACUCAAACUAAAGAACAACAUCAGCAUUAAUAUACGCAAUAUUCAUGUUUUAAAAACAAACUCAAGUGUCUAAAAUGUGGUUGAUAUUUUAAAGUGUUCUAAAGAUCACUCCUAGUAUGCUGCAUUGUAUUAUCUGUUUAAUUUAAAUCACAACUCGACAAACUUUUUUUGCUAUUGUUCAUUUUUUUUUCUUUUUCAUCUCUUUGGUUCUGAAGAAAAUGUAAGCUUGAUUUUUUGUUGUAUUGCAGAUGGAUACCAGCUACGGUAUUCUUUUUUGUUGAUAGCUCUAUUACUGAUACUUUUUGUGUGGAGAAUCAUGAAAUUCAAUUAACACAUCAUUGUGCCAAUGUAUUUAAAGUUGUAACCAAUACAUCAUGUGUAAAAUUAAUCAGUGCUUAAGCCACAAGUCCAGUGUAUACUGUCCAUAGUUCUACUAAAAUGCACUGAAACACAUUUGAAAUGAUUUAAGCUUCCUUCCAAGGAUAUCAAGGCAUGUGUGCUGUCAGAGAACCUUUACUUUUAAGAUUUUCAUUCAAAGGAAAAUGUUUCACCUUUCUUCUUAUUAUUAAUUGUGUAUUACUUCAUUGUUUAUUGUUUCGCGGUUACAUCAAUUACUUCCCCACAUUCAUCUUGUUGUCAUGUCAAUUUAGAAUGUUAUCUUGAGUGGUCUUCUCUAUGGCAUACCAAAAUCUUGUAUAGAGAGUCGGUUAUUACCGCAAUUAUGUCUUUCAUAAAAAAAUGCCUUCAUAUUAGACAUCAUUAUAACAAACAAGAUAGAGUGCUUUGAUCAUAUUGCUAGCUCGUCUACAGCUGUAAAUAAAAUGAUUUUAUGAAAUGUUAAUUAACGUGUAGGGGUAGAUACAUCACUGCUUCCAAAAAUUUCGAGUAAAUCAAGAUGUUCCUAGAAGAACUUAAGUGUGUGCCAAGUUUUAUUCCUGUGUAGAUAACUUCUGUUUCGCCCAAGAAUAUUUCCAUCAUUACAGUCUUAUUUAUGUUCAACAUUCCAUGGCGAUAGAAAAGUGGCUAAGUAGACAAAAUGAAAUGUAUUGCGGCUGAAAGUUUGUGCAAAAAAUAUAAAUGCUUAAUAUUGCAUUCAUGAUCUUAUAACUUCCUUGUGUCAAAUUGAGAAGAAUCUUCUUUUCUUAAGGAAUUGCGCAAUAGAUGUAUGUAUAUUUCAAGAUAUCAUUGAUAGUAUUGAUAUUAUCAUGAUGCAGUACUCAUUAGUUUAGUUUAGUUUAGUUCUGGCAUUGGUAUCGUUCCACUAUCAAAUAUCCUUUUUUUCAGCGUUGGUAGAAUCAAUUAAAUAAAUGGAUCACACAACUCAUUAAUUCUAUGUACUUAUUACAAAUAUUGCAUAAUCAGAGAUUGCAUGAAGAAGAAAAAAAUUGGUGCUGAAGAAAUGUGAAAAUGAGGUUGAAAGAAAAGAAGAGGAUUAAUUUACUUACUUUAAGAUAAAAAUGAUACAGUAUUGGAUAUUCUAAGAUGCCUUUUUAUAUUUUCCACCUCCUAUGUGGACAGAAAUGGAGUUGGGUGAGCAGCAUAUGAUAUAUUUAUUUUAUUUAUUCUUAAGAAGACAGUCAUUGGUAAAUAUCUCUGUAUGGUGUAUUAUAAUCGUUUCUAAAAUGAGAUACUGUGCUUUUUUCCACAAUUUUUUAUUUUUCAUACAUAUAUGUAUGAAAACUUUCUAUCCGUAAACACACUCCAUUUUAAUGGUAUGACUAAUCAAAGCACCUCAUGAAAUUGCAGUUGUAAAUUGUGAAUUAUUUGGUGAAAUUUUUUCCUAAAUGAACUUUAUGUUUAAUUUUUAUGUUUAUUAUGUGAUAUAUGAAAUAAAGAUAAUUUGGUAUUAUUGAAAGCGUUUUAAGC